GUUUAACUUUAGUAUAUAGUAAAUUGAAUACAAUGUUUUUCAAGUUCUCUAUUUUGUUACUAUAUUUUAUCAUAAUUGCUUAUUGUGUACAGGGUGAACCCGAGGAUGAAAAUGAAACUCUGAAAGAUUCGUUCGAUAAUUGUAGAAGAUGGUUGGGCAAAUCUCAAAGUAUGACUAUUAAAAUUAACGGUUUCUUGCUGUAUUUGGGGAAGAACAUAACUGAUUUGAAUAUCAUAAGAAAUUACUUCAAGAACAAUCCAGCUACCAGGGAAAAACAAGCUUCUAUAGAUUUAAGUGUAUAUGGUGAACUUUUUAAGCACAUAUGCAAAACACGUGAUGUUUCUGUAAAAACCUGGGCAUUAUAUAUGAAAGUUAAAGCGGCAAUAAGGACACUUGAAGAGGCUAUAUUGUUAGAUUGGGGCGAUUACGAUUAGAUGGUCGAAAUAAAGUUAAAUGUAAACAAAACAAAUUUUUUAAAAUUUUUUUUAGUCUUAUGUUCAUUGUAACAUGUUAAAAAAUGUUUAAAAAUUCAAUACAUCAAAACUAAUUUUAAGACACUAUA